AUGAGCUCACCCACGCCUUACCGUCGCUCUUCCCGACAAGGCUCCAGGCGGGCCUCUAGUGAUCCGCGAAACGAGAUUCAGGUUCAUCUCGACCACUAUAUUGGCAUUGACGUUGGAACCGGCAGUGCUCGUGCUUGUAUCGUUGACGGAAAAGGUGAUAUUGUCGGCCUGGCUUCUGAGAAUAUUGGCCUUUGGCAGCCACAGCAGGGGUACUAUGAACAAUCUACUAAUGACAUUUGGCGUUGCAUCUGCGUCUGUGUUCAGCGUGCUAUCAGCCAGCACAAUAUUGACCCUGAGACCGUUAGAGGUAUAGGAUUUGAUGCAACAUGCUCACUAUCCGUGUUUUCCAAUGUCACUGAUGAGCCCAUCUCCAUAACUGGCCCAAACUUCGAUUCUGACCGCAAUGUGAUUCUCUGGCUGGACCACCGCCCCGUCGAGGAGACCGAGAAGAUUAACGCUACAAAUCACAAUCUGCUUCGCUAUGUUGGUGGGAAGAUGUCCAUUGAGAUGGAGAUCCCCAAGGUUCUGUGGCUAAAGAACAACAUGCCAAAAGAACUCUUUGACCAGUGCAAGUUUUAUGAUUUAGCAGAUGCUCUCACCCACAUCGCAACCGGAAACGACAAGCGAAGCUUUUGUAGUGUGGUUUGCAAACAGGGCUAUGUCCCCGUUGGUGUUGACGGAAGCGUCAAGGGCUGGCAAGAAGACUUUCUCAUGGAGAUCGGACUCGAUGACUUGACCCAGGACGAUUUCAAGCGCAUGGGAGGUGUUGACGGGGUGAAUGGUGAUUACCUUAGUGCUGGUGAACUCGUUGGCACUCUCUGCGAGAAGGCAGCCUCUGAGCUGGGAUUGCCCUCUGGGAUUGCAAUCGGCAGUGGUGUUAUUGACGCCUAUGCAGGCUGGAUCGGAACUGUCGGUGCCAAGGUUCAGUUGGGCUCGGGUCAGUUGAGCGCUGAAGUUGCCAAGAAUGACAAGACCCAGGCAUUUUCGCGUCUGGCAGCGGUUGCUGGAACCUCGACCUGUCAUCUUGCCAUGUCUCCAAACCCUGUCUUUGUCCCCGGCGUGUGGGGUCCUUAUCGUGACACGAUCCAGCCAGGAUACUGGAUGGCCGAGGGCGGACAGUCUGCGACAGGAGAACUGCUUAAAUAUGUCAUUGAGACUCACCCAGCUUUCAACCAGGCAGCAUCUAUCGCCGAGUCAUACCAUGCUAAUAUCUAUGAGUACCUCAAUGAGCACCUGAAGGAGAUGGUCUUGGAACAAAAAGUGCCCAGUGUGUCUUAUCUAGGACGUCACUUCUUUUUCUAUGGCGACCUCUGGGGCAACCGUUCGCCAAUUGCUGAUUCGAGUAUGGCGGGAUCUAUCGUUGGCCUGUCCAGUGACAGUUCCGUGGACGGUCUCGCAAUCUACUACUAUGCCACGCUUGAAUUUAUUGCUCUGCAAACCAGACAGAUAGUCGAGACCAUGAACAAGGCCGGCCACAGCAUUACUUCGAUCUUCAUGUCUGGGUCCCAGUGUCAGAAUGACAUACUAGUGAGACUUAUCGCAUCCGCCUGUGGCAUGCCCGUUCUCAUCCCGCGGUAUAUCCAUGCUGCCGUGUGCCAUGGUGCCGCGAUGCUGGGUGCCAAGGCGGCUAGUGCCGAUGCCGAUGGGAAGACAGAAGAUCUUUGGGAGAUCAUGGACCGGAUGAGCAAACCAGGCAAGAAGGUCGACCCGACCAUCGACGAGAAUGAGUUGGCCUUGCUCAGUGUCAAGUACAAGGUUUUCCUCGAGCAAUGUCAUAAACAGCAGGAGUACCGAGCCCUUGUUGACCAAGCAGUGAGCUCAUGGAAGUCUGGUUGA